CAUGUCGCAAAGGCAGCACCCCCUGGAGCGAGGCGAUUGGGGAUAGGAGCCAGGGAGGGCAAGGAGGCAGUGAUGCGCUCCAGAGAGGAGCCCAGGAGCCAGAGGAGGUCGACGGCGCUCGCUGACGUUGGCACUGUGGGGCGUGGCCUCACUCGCUGUUCCCACGCUCGCCCCGCCCUUCCCUCAACCUCUCCGCUCAUCGCCCCGCCCCACCACCUCCGCCGCGCGCGAGGCACCCGGAAGUCGCGUGUCAGGAAGGGGGGAGGGGCGGCCGCCGGUGGUGGAUGGCGGGAGGUCUUCGCCCGAGCGCCAGCGGAAAAGCAAUCAUCCCGCUGCGGGAGCGGCCGGGGGCUGGUGGCCGCCGGUCCGCGCUCCCGCCAGGGCCGCGGCGAGGCCCGCGAAGGCUGGCACCACAGCGAGUCGGCGGUCGCCCCCGCCGGAGUCCCGGCUGCGCCGCUGGCCGGGAGGCGCGUGAAGCGGGCGGGGAAGAUGGCAGCGGACAAGGCCGCAGAUCAAGGAACAGAGAAACAUGAAGGAACAGUUUCUACUUCUGGGAUCACUGACCAAGAGAAGGAAUUAUCAAGCAAUGCUUUUCAAGCAUUCAUGGCUGGGAAUUAUGAUAUGUGCCUCCAGCACCUUGCCUGUCUGCAGGACAUCAACAAGGAUGAUUACAAGAUUGUUCUGAACACGGCUGUGGCCGAAUUCUGUAAAAAUGAGCAGACAACCACUGAUCAUUUGAGAGCAACACUCAACCAGCUGAAGAAUCAGGUCCAUUCAGCUGUUGAAGAAAUGGAUGGCUUAGAUGAUGUCGAAAAUAGCAUGCUCUACUAUAAUCAAGCUGUUAUUCUCUAUCACCUGCGCCAGCACACUGAAGCAAUAGCAGUUGGAGAGAAACUCUAUCAGUUCAUAGAACCUUUUGAAGAGAAAUUUGCACAGGCCGUAUGUUUCUUGCUUGUGGAUCUUUAUAUUCUAACUUACCAAGCCGAGAAAGCACUGCAUCUCCUUGCUGUUCUAGAAAAAAUGAUCUCCCAGGGCAAUAACAACAAGAAUGGGAAAAAUAACGAGUCAGGAAACAGUACAAGCAAAGAGGGAUCAAAUCAUAAAGCUGAGAGUGGAGCCUUAAUAGAAGCUGCAAAGUCUAAGAUUCACCAGUAUAAAGUGAGAGCCUAUAUCCAGAUGAAGUCUCUGAAAGCUUGCAAAAGGGAAAUCAAAUCUGUCAUGAAUACAGCUGGAAAUUCUGCUCCUUCUUUGUUUCUUAAAAGCAAUUUUGAAUAUUUAAGGGGUAAUUAUCGAAAAGCAGUGAAAUUGUUAAAUAGUGCAAACAUUGCCGAACAUCCAGGAUUCAUGAAAACAGGUGAAUGCUUAAGGUGCAUGUUCUGGAACAACCUGGGCUGCAUUCAUUUUGCCAUGGGCAAACACAAUUUGGGGAUUUUCUAUUUUAAGAAGGCUCUCCAAGAAAAUGACAAUGUUUGUGCCCAGCUUGGGGCAGGCAGCACAGACCCAGGGAAGAAGUUCUCGGGAAGGCCCAUGUGCACCCUGCUGACGAACAAGCGCUACGAGCUGCUGUACAACUGUGGGAUUCAGCUGCUCCACAUCGGCCGGCCGCUGGCGGCCUUUGAGUGUUUGAUCGAAGCCGUCCAGGUUUACCAUUCCAAUGCCCGCCUUUGGCUGAGGCUGGCUGAGUGCUGCAUCGCCGCCAACAAGGGGACCUCAGAGCAGGAGACUAAAGGUCUUCCAAGCAAAAAGGGGAUUGUCCAGUCCAUCGUGGGUCAAGGCUAUCAUCGAAAGAUCGUUCUGGCUUCCCAGUCCAUACAGAAUGCUGUCUAUAAUGAUGGACAGUCCUCCGCUAUUCCUGUAGCCAGUAUGGAGUUUGCAGCCAUUUGUCUCAGGAAUGCUUUGCUGCUGUUACCAGAAGACCAGCAGGAACCAAAGCAGGAGAAUGGGUCUAAGACGAGUAACCAGUUGGGCGGGUCUGGAGAAAAUGCUGAAAGUCAGGAGACUUGCAGUAAAAGUCAUGAUGGAGAUAAAUUUAUUCCAGCUCCACCUUCUUCUCCUCUCAGAAAACAAGAAUUGGAAAAUUUAAGAUGUGACAUGCUGGCCUGGCAAGACAAAGUAAAAAACUGGGGAAGUCAGGUUCUUUGCCUUCUUGUUCAUAAUGAACAUGUUCCUGGGAAAAAGGAAGAAAGGAAUCUCAGGCCUUGCCACCAAUUACAUGACUGACUUCUAGACUCAAAGUGGGCUUGACAGUUGCUAGAAGUUUGAGGCGAGAGUGGCCCACCAACUGUCAGAAGAGUCCAGGCCAGGCGUUUCACAGCAUGCUUGACAUGAGGCUUGGCCAACAGCAUUCAUAGUUCCUCCCUACAGAGGGUGGGGAAAUCUGCUUUCUCAGCAAGAAGCCCUAGAGCAAGCAUCCUGGAAAUAUUUGGGCCUUGAGGCGGCAACCUCAAAAGUAAUGUUUUUAUAAAGUGGGAAAAUUUCAUCAACCAAUAAUAUUUAUUAAUAAGUACCUACUAUGCACAGAGCUUUGUGCUAGAUGCUUUGGGGUUACAAAGACAAAUUAGGUUCAUUGCCUUCCCUCAUGGAAAUAGUUCACAUCCUGCCACAAUGCUUACUGUAGGACAGCAAUUCAUGCUCACCCAAGGAAGGUGGAAGCUGGGAAUCAUCACAGGAGAGCCCCACUUUGUGGGUUAAGCUUACUGUUAAGUUUCAUUAGAAGCAACUUUACGGAAAUAGUGUCAUCUGCUUCUCAGAGACCCAAGCCCAGAAGUAGGUGGGGUUUCCUCUUUAUUUAUUUUUUAAGUUUUAUUUAAUUAGUCAAUUUAGAAUAUUUUUCCUUGGUUACAAGUCAUGUUUUUUUCCUCUCCUCCUCCAACCCCCUCCUGUAGCAGAUGUGCAAUUCCACUGGGUUUUACAUGUGCCUUUGAUCAAAACCUAUUUCCAUAUUGUUGAUAUUUGCACUAGGGUGAUGGUUUAGAGUCUACAUCUCCAAUUCUAUCCCCAUUGAACCAUGUGAUCAAGCAGUUGUUUUUCUUCUGUGUUUCUGCUCCCACAGUUCUUUCUCUGGAUGUGGAUAGUGUUCUUUCUCAUAAAUCCUUCCAAAUUGUUCUGGCUCAUUGCAUUGCUGUUAGUAGAGAAGUCAGUUACCUUUGAUUAUUCUACAAUGUAUCACAUCUCUGUGUACAGUGUUCUCCUGGUUCUGCUCCUUUCACUCUGCAUCACUUCCUGGAGCUCGUUCCAGUUCCCGUGGAAUUCCUCCAGUUCAUUAUUGGCGUUUCCUCUUUCACUCUGUGAUUUUGGCAGCUGAGUCUUUGCUGCUUCAGGGACCAGAAACAGGUUCCAACACAGUGAACCAGAGUCUUUUACACUGUCUGUGCCCCAUAUUUCCUCCAAUUCCAGGCAGCUGUAAGGAACUAAAAUUCAUUUCUCACCUGGGGAAAUUCCAGUUUUUUGCACACUCAUCAAUUCUUCACAGCAUGUGGUUUAAAUAAAAUUUUCUUUAAAUAUUA